UUCGAGUUUAGGAUUUUACUAGAUGCAAGUGAGGAAAAAAGUUGGAAAAUGUCUGGAUACUGGUUCCUUGUCAGCGUAGCUACCUACAUCGCAACGGUACCAACCACCUUGUUCUACGUGAUAAUGCUGCUCUUAAUGAGGUUCCAUGCUAUAUUCAAUUACAAGCUAAAACUACUAACUGCGCGCCUCAAACAAAUCAACGAUAGCAGUGAUCGCGAUUCACAAAAAAUGACACAAUGUUGUGAGUGUAGUGACCUUUUAGACUAUUAUUCGAACCUCUUAUCUGAAAUCCAUAAUUUGAUUAUAAACACCAAAAAUAUCUUCCAAUUUCAAAUUUUAAUCAUAUUCAGCAAAACCUAUGUGACAACAGUUUCACGAACAUUUUACGUUUUCAUGCUAAUUCAUUGUGGCCGCCUUUCCCCCAAUAGUUUAAUUCAUAGUAUAUGUUACGCUUUUCUCACAUACGUGAACGAAAUACUCUGCAUUUUGGUGGUUACCAUAACUACUGACCAGUCUAGUGAAACCGCCAAACAUAUACAAAAGGCCAACCAAUAUAUCGCGCUGGAUGGAAGGCUUCGGAAAGAUCUAAAUAUGUUUUCAAUCCUGCUACUGUUGAAGCGGUAUCAUCUUAAACUUUGUGGCAUGAUUCCCUUCGAUAGAAAAUUCAUCCUAUCUGUGACACUUUCAGCGAUUAUCCACUUUUUGCUCCUAGUGCAGUACCAUGACGAUUUUUAAAAUUGACCUAAAGAUUUGACGCAAAAGUAAAUAAAUGAAAAGCUUAUGCUUCA